GGGGAGAAGAGAGAGAGAGAGAGAGAGGUGAUGGAGUGUGGAAAAAUGAGAUUGUAAGAAAGGAAGGAAGGAACGUAAGAAGGGAAAUUCAAUUCCCUUCUUGUUGUUCCCCUGCCACGGCCAAUCCAUCUCGCGGUGAGGGACAAUAACCAAAAACACACAAAGCAAAAACCUUAACUCAACACAUGCUCCUGGGUUUUUGCAAACUAAGGUGAUCAUCAUAUUGCUGCAGCAGCAACAACAACAAAGGUGACUUAACAUUAGGAUAAGCCACUAUGUUCACCGAUAACUCCCACCUCCAAAAUAACAAAUUGGCCUCUCCCUCCCCUUCUGUCGCCAUCUCAGUCGAACCUGUCAAGAGAAGGCUCUACCAAGUUUGGAAAGGAAAUAAUAAAUUUCUAUGUGGUGGACGACUAGUCUUCGGUCAGGAUGCAUCAUCACUUUAUCUUACAUCAUUCCUGAUUGGAGGUCCAGCAAUAGCAUUCUGCAUCAGAAUGCUAUUAUCAUUAAAGAAAGAGGAUCCUCACUUUAGCAAUCCUGUACUAAUUGGAGGAGUGGUUCUCACAAUUUUGGAUUUUACUUUUCUCUUCUUGACAUCUGGUAGAGAUCCAGGAAUUAUCCCUAGGAAUGCACGCCCACCUGAGUCAGAUGAAACACUAGACCUACACAUGUCCUCCAUGGAGUGGGUGAAUAAUAGAGCCCCUAAUUUGAAGCUGCCUAGAGUGAAGGAUAUGUUAGUCAAUGGCCACACAGUGAAGGUCAAAUUCUGUGAUACUUGCUUGCUCUAUCGUCCACCACGUGCUUCCCAUUGCUCCAUUUGCAAUAAUUGUGUGCAAAAGUUUGAUCAUCAUUGCCCUUGGGUUGGUCAGUGUAUUGGAUCACGUAACUACCCAUUCUUCAUAUUGUUCAUAACAACGUCAACCUUAUUGUGUACAUAUGUGUUUGCAUUUUCUUGGGUUAACCUUCUUCGACAAGAUGGUAGAUUGUGGGUCAACAUGUCACACGAUAUCCUAUCAGUUACACUCAUUGUAUAUUGCUUCAUAGCCGUUUGGUUCGUGGGAGGGCUAACGGUUUUCCAUCUUUAUUUGAUUUCCACCAACCAGACAACCUAUGAGAACUUUCGGUAUCGCUACGACAAGAAGGAAAAUCCAUUUACAAAAGGAAUAUUGUCAAACUUCAAAGAACUUUCUUGUGCCAAGAUUCCAAGUAAAUUGGUGAAUUUCAGAGAAUGGGUUACAAUAGAGGACGAUAUUCAAGAUGGAUCCUAUACUUCAGAACUUGAAAGAAGUUUCAUAAGCUCAAAACACAAAUUUCAUAUGGAAAUGGGAACAAUGUAUGGCAAGGAUGGAAUGCGAGUUCCUUCGAUAUUAAAGGAAUUGGAUUACAAUGACAUUGAUGAUCAUCUAAAAAAGAAGGCUGGAGAAAAAGAAAGUGCAUACGAAAUUUUUGUUCCUAGUGAUCAAUCGAAAUCCAAAACUGGAGGAAACAAUAACGCUCAUGAAGAGAAGCAGUAGUUCCUGUUGGAUCUUUGAAGAUCCAUUUGGGCAGAGUACUGAAAGGGGAUUUUAAGGUUAGAUUGUUGUUUUGUUGAUGAAUGGGGGUGGCUUGAAAAGGGUAGUAGUGACAUGGUUUGUAUUGGGAGUUGUAAAAUGAAUGAAACAAAUGAUAUGUCUCAAUGGAAACUUGGAUAUUUUGAUUGCUCAAGAAAGAGAAAAGAAAUGGAUGACAUGUUACAAAAUUUGGUACA